AUGGUUGUUGUUAUACAUUAUAUGUGGACAAUUCAACGUAAAAUAUUUUGCAUUUUUGAAAAUGCAACGAAUACAUCUGAAACUUCUGAAAUAUCUGUUCAUAGUCUAGCCAUGUUUAAAUCAGCUAUAAUACUUUCUCAACAAUAUAAUAUGACAGUAGAAGGAAAAUUAAUCGGAGGGCAUUCAGUACAAACUGUUGGUAACGUAAUCGAUGCUCUUAGUCAAACAUGUAAUGUAUUAUCUAGUUCAAAUAUUGUUGGUAUUGUUGGUCCAGUAUUCUCAAGAGAAGCUCAUUUAAUAGCUCCAUUUGCAGCAAGAAUAGGUAUACCUGUUAUAUCAUAUGGUGCAACUGAUCCUGAUUUAUCUGAUCGAAGUUUGUAUCCAAAUUUUUAUCGUACAGUUCCAUCAGAUAAAACAGCUGCUAAAGCACUUGUAAAACUAUUUAAAAGAUUUAAUUGGACGUCAUCUAUAAUUAUUUAUCAAAAUGAUGCAUUUGGAAUUGGAGGUUUCAAAGCAAUAACUGAAGAAUUUAUUGAAAAUGAUAUAACAGUUCAAUAUUCGAUCAUAUUUCAUACAGCGACACGUCAUACUCAAGUUGAUUAUAAAAAGAGUUUACUAGAGAGUGAAAGUCGAAUUGUUAUUUCAUGGGUUCAAUCAAAUUAUAUACGUUACGUAUUAAACGAAGCUCUUCAGUUUAAUGCAGUUGGUCCCGAAUUUACAUGGAUAUUAAGUUCAAGGAUUUCAUUAGAUUCUUUUAAUAAAACAGAUUAUGAAAAGUUAAUCGGAUUAUUAACUAUUGAACCAGUUACCGGAACUAGUGUUAAUGUUCCAGUAAAUACAACAUUACUAUAUACUGCAUAUGACAUAUGGCAAAAGUAUGAAUCGGAAACAUUUCCUGGAUUAUCAAACGUAAAUUCUUUUGCUUUAUUUGCAUUUGACGCCACAUGGUUAUUAAUUAAAUCAUUACAAAAACUUUGUUCAACAAUCGAAAAUAAUUCUUCGUCAUCAUCAUUUUUUUCCCCAUGUUUGUCAUUUUUGGAAUCUCCAUUUUGUUUUGAUCGUCGUUUUAACCAAUCUGAAUUAUUAUUAGAGACAAUGAAGCAAAUAGAAUUUCGUGGUGUAUCUGGUACUAUAAAAUUUAAUUCAAAUAAUCUUAGCGAACGAGUCAAUGGAUCAUAUUAUUAUCUACAAAAUCUGCAAUUUUUUUCAAAUGAUUUGCAUUUUGUUCCAGUAUUGGAAUAUGGUAAUUUUGAUGAUUGGACUUCGAAUCAACAAAGAAAUACUAUUUUUUGGCCAGGAAAUUCAGUAGAAAUUCCAACUGAUCAUGCAAUGCUUAAAGAGAAAACAUUGAAUAUUACUGUUUUUGAAUCAAUGCCAUUUACAAUGAUAAUCAAUUUUAUGAACGAAUCUGAACACGAUUCCACAAAGCCAAUCGGUUAUAUACCUGAUCUUAUUGAACUUUUAGAGAAAAAAAUGGGAUUUAAAGCCUGUAUCAAAAUAGCACCAUUAAAUCAAACCUAUGCGGGAUUAAUUGAAGAUGUAGUGAACGGUAAAGAUGAGAUAGUCUUUGGUGAUGUAAGAAUUAACGCUAAACGAAAAGAAUUAGUCGCUUUUUCUACUUCAAUAUUUAAUAAUUCUUUACGAAUUAUAACUCGAAAAACACCUAAUAUUAAUAUUGAUUUUUUAUUAUUUUUAAAACCAUUUUCAAAUCAACUCUGGUUAUUAAUCUUUGGGACAUGUAUGUAUGCUGCUUUUUUACUUUUUCUUAUCGAAAGGCAAGAUAAUGAAGCAUUACAAAAUCGAUCCACAUUAUCUCAAUUUCUAAUGAGUCUUUGGUAUUCUUUUGGUAACAUGGCUGGAUAUGGUAUUGAUUUCAAUGUUAAUACAGCUGCUGGGCGCUUAUUAACUGCUGGUUUAUAUAUGUUAAAUAUAGUAUUAUUAGCAAUAUAUACUGCAAAUUUAACAUCUGAUUUAACAAUAGCAAAAUCAAAGUAUAUUAUUUCGGGAAUCGAUGAUAUCAAAAGUGGAAAAAUCCCAUUUCACCGUAUUGGUAUUCCUAUAAAUACAUCCGUUGAAGAUUAUUAUUUAGAUUCAAUAUCUAGAGGAGUUCGAAACUUUUAUCCAUUACAAACUGCUCAAGAUUUGUACGAUUGUUUAUUAGCAGGCCUUAUCGAUGUUUCCUUCAUAGAUGCUGCUACAGGCGAAUAUGUUACGAAUAAUAUAUAUUGUAAUUUAACAUUGAUUGGAGAUGAUUUUUAUCACGGAGAUUAUGGAAUUGUUACUAGAAAACAAUGGUUAUAUAGCAACGAUUUAGAUGUUAACAUUUUACAAUUGGAAGAAUCAGGUCAACUCGAAGAGUUAAGACGUAAAUGGUUUCAAAGAAAAACUUGUUCUGAUUCAUCUGAAACAUCGUCUGCCCUGAAAAUUCGAUCAAUGGGUGGAUUAUUUUUGGUUUUUGGAUCUUUUACUAUUCUAUCAUUCUUAUUAUUUCUAUGGUCAAAACGAGAACGUGAAAAUAUUGAUAGUAAAAGCAAAUUUAGAAAUUCUAUUUUUUAUUCAGCUAUUGAUUCAAUUAUUCUUGAAAUGAAUGAUCGCUUUUCAAUAACAAAUAUGGAAAUUCUUCGUGAUGUUUCAUCUCUCUCACCUGAUAAUCCAACAUUUUUAGAGGAAACUCAAGAAAAAGCAUCAGGUCUUUAUGGAGCAUGA